AUGGAGUUGUGUGGUCUUACCCCAGGUAUAAACACCAUGAGAGCACUAAGACUGCAAGAUUGGAUUAGAAUCAAGAAUGCGGCCAAGAAAGUAAGCUUGAAGUACCGAGAUCAAAGGCGGAAACUUCGUGCACAACGGAAGUCGAAAGCUGACAAGACUGCACACCAACCUGGUGGAUUCAGCCUGAGUGCACAACCAGAUAUCCCUAUGGAAAAACCUAAGAAAAGGAAAAGAACUGCCAUGGUCCAGAUCAAAUUUGUUAUGCUUACUAUGGAAGUAAUCGGUCAUACCAAAAAACGCAGAACUUAA